AUGAUUGUGUACUUGUCGACCAAGACAUUGCCAUCCUCGUUCCUCUGGAAAUGCAUCCACGCCGCCCAGGUAAACGUUGGCUUUGCCACUGAGCGACACGUUGUCGCUCCGCCCGUGGAGCAGGAUCUCUUCCGCCUGGUGUCCAAACGGGAACACGGCCGACGUAAUAUCGUUCUUGAUCCCCGGGUCGAGAACACGUCGUCACACGCGAAGGUCUUGGGGAAGGACGUCGUCCACUUCCACACGGGUGUUCGCGAGGUCUACCCCGACCGCAUCUUCGCUUUUGGCUACACGCCGCUGUACGCCUACGCCAAGGCGGGCUUCAGCGCCGAGCAGAUCCGCUUCCUGGGCGGUCGACGACCUCGCCAAGAUAGGCAUCAUCUGGCAGGUGCAGCCUACGUGGGCGGCCAGCGGAAUCAACAUGCACAUCGAAGACUUUGCGCGGGUCUGGCAGCGCAACGGCAUUGCGGGAUACCUCGAGACGGUGGCGAGGCCGUCAAGGGAACGGACGCCGCUUGUGGAUGA